AAAAUCGUCUGUUGUUCUCAAUCUCUGUUUUUCCAUGUUUUGCUAGGUGCAGAACGCGACACGUGGACAGUCCAUCACCAACGGUCAAGAUUAAGAAGAUUGGUUGAAGCUCUACUAAAACCGGGUUAAGGUUUGUGAACCAGACCGAGAUUUGUAUGACCCAACCCAACACAAAGAUCAAAUUUCCUUGCGGUUCCUUCUCAAAAAUCGAACAACCUGAAGAUGAUGAUGCCGUCGUCGACAAUAAUAUCUCGGGCUCUUCUCUUUCAAUGAAGCAGGAAAAUGCCUCAGAGAUCGUAGACGAGAUGGAAUCCAGUGGCGUCAGCAAGAGUUUGUGUGCGAUAUGUCUGGAGGCCUUGAGUUACAGCAAUACGAAAGUGGGAAGCCCAGGGAAAACUGUAUUCACGGCGCAGUGCUCACACUCAUUCCAUUUCAGUUGCAUCUCCUCCAAUGUCCACCAUGGGAGCAUGACCUGCCCCAUUUGCAGAGCGUACUGGACAAAGCUCCCACGAAACCUCAACCCACCCCCACUCCAUACUUCUUCCCUCCCUUGCACCACCCAAUCGGAUCCAAUCCUCCGCAUCCUCGAUGAUUCCAUCGCCAACUUCCGAGUCCAUAGGCGUUACUCCCUCCGCUCCGCUCGCUACGACGACGACGACCCAGUGGAGCCUGACCUCAGUUCGCCGCCGCACCCCCGCCUCCACCUCAGUCUCAUCCCGAUUCCCUUCACUCCUCUUCCUCCCCCAGCAACAACACCUACAUUUCGUCAACUAAUUGCAGGACCCGCUUCGUACCAACAAGGACUAACACAACCUGGACCACAGAGUAACAGAGCUUAUCUCUCCGUAACUUGAUCUUUGUGUUGGGUUGGGUCAUACAAACCUCGGUUUGGUUCACAAACCUCAACCCGGUUUUGGUAGAGCCUCCCCUUUUUAAUCUUGACCGUUGGUGAUGGACUAUCCACGUGUCGCUUUCUGCACCUAGCAAAACAUGAAAAAACAGAGAUUGAGAACAACAGACGAUUUUUAUCCCUUUCAGACGGAGCUUCCAACACCUUUGAAAGGAAUCACCACCACUUGCUUGGCCAAGUCACUAGCAGUAAUGUCUCGUCGCACCCUCACUUCACCCUACCUAUGAGAUAGCAACUAUACAUUGUGAUCUCAAUGGCAAAAUCAAAACUUGACUGACUAGAUCAUGCGUCUUCUCACAUAUUCUCUUUCCUUUCUGACAUCUAGUUGUCCUUUUCAUAUGAGCCAUAGCAUCUUCUCUUGUGCUUUUAUUAACCUGGCAUGGGAAAUUCAAUCUACCACUACGUCGUGUCAAAUCCUCUACCUGUUGAUUUGGAUGGACCCUCUGAUUUUGUCCCUAAACUCAUAUUGACUAUUGAGUAUUGGCAUCUUCUCCCCCAUGGAAGUACUUUGUAGGGAAAUCUAUCUAAUAAAUCUUAUCAUUUGAUUAGGGUAGAUUCUAAUGGAGAAAAGAUGUGAUAUAGUUAUAUAAUUUCCACCAUAUAUUUGAUUAGAUAGAUUUGAAUCCUACCAAAACAAGAUUGG